AUGAAGACAGCACUGGCAACUCUUUUGCUAUCUGGGCAGGCGGUAUCAUCCGCUGUCAGCUUACGGCACGCAACUCGCCAGUCCUCACAAGGUUGCUCGUUUCAUUUAGAUUCGGCUGGCACAGUAAGUGAAGAUGUUGAAGAAGACCACACAGGCAAAUUGCAUCUUGCCGGCUCUUUUCAGCAAGGCGGGUUUACUCUAGAUGGUGGUAAAGUUCACGAUGCUCUGGGUAACCAAUGCUUUAUGAGAGGCCCGAAGUAUCAAUUCCAAUGUUACCAGAGCGGUGUCAUUGGCAACACAACUUUCACUGUUGAGGCCACCACGAACAACGGGACAUUGAAGCUGGUCUAUGAUGACGGUCCCGGUACAUACCUUGCUUGUUCCGCUGAUGGUAGCACGUACGAAAUCUACUCUACAUCAAAACCGGACACCACAGGUUGUCUGGAGGUAUCUUUAGUGCUGUCCGAAACCAACGGAGAGUGCACCGUCAGUGACUCGACAGUCAGCAGCCCAAACUCGACGUCACAGCAGAACGCAUGUGCAAGGCGUGCCGUCAGAAGGAACCCCCAAACUGUGAGUGUAGACGUUGAACCCUCAGAGCCAUCAUCAACCUGCUCUGUGUCACCGUCCGCUCCGUCGCUUACGCCUACCAGAAUCGGGUCUCCGGAUACUGAAAGCCCUGAUGGAAUGCGGGACACUGGCGUCAACGCGUCCAUCACUGCCACGAACAGUACGAUUUUCCGCUUCUCUAUUCCAAGGAGUUAUACAACUUCAGGUUACCAAUUGUGUGCAUUGCAAUUCCGGUUUCCAGUUUGUGGUAACCUACCUCAGGAUUAUCCUUGCUUCAAGUUCACUGGAUCCGAACAAGAAAUGCUGAGUGACUCAGGAAUGGUUUUCGCCCAGUUUGGAAAUGACACCCAGCUACCUACCUGGAACAAUACUGCCCUACAACAGAUCUACCCAGGAGACAACAAGACACUGGGUACAUUUGAGUGUGGGAACCGAGCGUAUGGAAAUGACACUCGAAAUGUGGCCUGGUUAGCUAGCAGUGUGAGGAAUUUCGGGCUGCAAUACGAACAAGCAGGAGUAGCUUCGUCGAAGUUCGAGGAUGGUGUCGGCGCUUUUAUUGUUCAGUGUUUGUAA